AUGUCGAACCACCCGGCGCUGCCCAAGUCAGCUUAUUCCGCCCUCGGGUUGCCCCCCAGUGUUGUCAGAAUCCUGAUGAACCCCAAGCCACCACCGCCCACCACAGCAGCGCCAGAGCUCCACCAGAAUGCGACAGACUUCACCGAGCGCCUGCCGGAAAAUGAAUCGCACAUUAUGCUGUAUGCGGAACUGCUGCUGCACAUACGCACAAUCACGCUGUUUGCGAGCCUGAGAAGUCACCACACCAGAGAAACGAAGGCGCGGCUCGAUGCAGACGGGAACUUGAUCACCGUGUCGCAUGAGGGUUACAAGGCGACAAUACGGCUUCCCAUCCAGGUCGAAGGAAAGGGCGAUGCCGCGCUUGAACUUCCUGCGCAGCCACCCAGCAAGGAGCUGACGCUGCGUCUGCAGAUGGAAGAGCAGGAGGACAGCGACAUGCUGGGCUUGAUGGCCGAGGCGCGCAAAGCAAACAUUGUGCCUUGGGAUGGCGUGACGCUGAGCAAGCAAGAAGGUGUAGAGCUCAGGUGCAGCAACUGCGAGGGCGUGGUGCUCAAGAGCCAGGCAGUGGACGAAUGGAAAGAUCUGCCCAAUGAGAAUUGGGCGGAGAUGAUGGAUUUCUGGCAUUGUCACAAACCAGAUGAGCAUCAUUUGCACGAUGACAAGCACGGAGUUGGAGAGCAGAAGGGGUAUGCCGCAGGGAAUCGCUUGAAGGCAGUGGACUGCGUUGGAUUCGUAGACCUCACGAGCUUCCUGCUGAGCGAGCGGGACUGUGAGGGCGCAAGGGUCUUGCCAGACGAAGAGCGAUCCGAUGCAGCCGUUGUCUGCAGGCACUGUGGUCACACACUCGGCAAACAAGAUACAGCAGCGGAUGGGUGGCGGAUAUGGAAAUGGUGUCUGAGCGUCUCCUCUGGACCCACCUCAUCCCCCUCGUACAGCACGUACAGUGUUCAAAAAUGGAUCUCUGCACGCCUGCUAUAUCUCGUCGAGAACGUCGGCGUCCGCAAGUUCCACAUUCACCCUCCGCCCUCGCCUCCUACGCCAGCUUCAACACCCGCACCGUCUUCCACCGCUUCUGUUCUCCUCUGGGUUUUUACGCCAGACCUCAUGUUCUCCUCGUCCAUCUCGCGCCCGCACCGCACCGAUCCGACGCGCGCCGUCAAGGGCUUCUUCAAGAAGCAGACAUGGGCACCGCUGCAGCCAGGCGAGCCGGAGAGCGCGACGAUUGAGGAUGUCGAGUUCCCGCAGGAGUUGUACGAGGAGCUUGAGAAGAGCCUGGAUGAGAGCCAAGCUGUCCUGCCGGCGACGGCGAGGAAGUUCCAGGAGUGGGAUGUUGGGUUGUUGGAGCGGUUUGAUGUCGGCGAGGAGGUGCUUGGGGGUGUGGACAGUGCUGGUGAGGGGAUGGAGGGGGAAGAGGGGGAAGAGGGGGAAGAGGGACUGGGGGGAGGGGAUGUGUCUGAUGAGAGGAGAGGUAGACGGACGAAGAGAUGA